AUGACAGUACCCCUCGCUAUUAAAAUAGGCGAUCCGCAGCCUUUUCAGGUUACAUUGAGUAUGACAACUUUGCGUGAAUAUACGAGCCCCAUUAUCCAGGAUGUUGCCCAGAAGGUUCAAUUCAAUUGGGUCAAAUGGUCUCUCAAGUGUAUCACCAAUGUCCCAGUAAACAACGACGAUCUGGAGGGAGAGCAGGAUGUUUCUCACGAGCUGAACAUAAAGGAUACUUUCCAGGAACUGGAAUACCCUCUAGUAACAACGUCCACGGGAGGCGAUAGCGAACCUAUCCAUAUUAUAAUACGUUUCAACUCCGUCUUUAUCCAGGUGGUCUAG